AUGAAGUUGAGCUCGAUGAAGAGCUUGAAAUCGGCGCCGGAACCGAGGAAGAUGGAGGUGAUGAGCUCGAUGGCAGGAUUGAUGAGCUCGACGGCACUACGGUCGAGCUUGAGGCUGAAACUACAGUCGAGCUCGAUGAUGGUGAAGGUGUCGGUGUUGGUGUUGGAGUGGGACUGGGUGUAUCUGGAGGCGCAUCACCACACCGGCCAUACUGUGGCUGACAUCCUACAAUUAUCCCGCAAUGUCUGCGGAAUUCAGUAUUUGCCUUCAGACUUGAAGGUAAGUGACGCUUACUCAGGAUCUGUCCCGCAAUAA